UGUUGCUUUUGCACUGGAGGGACAGGGACAGAAAGCAAUCUCUCUCUGGAACGACUCAGAUUGUUGCCUGUAGUUUCGGACGUCUUCAUGAGAACAACUGUGAAGAAAGGUCCAUAGCCCUGGUUCGCAGUCUGCUUUGUCGUCGUUCGUGACCAUUGGUGGCCUUCAAGUUUUGUAUUGUGGACAACAACAGGCUGAGUGGUUAAAUGACUUGAACAGUCCGGAGAGUUAUGCCCCUGGUUUCAAUUUGAAGCUUCUGGUUUCAAGUUUGCGAUCUCAAGAUGGGAAACUGCUUGAAAGGAUCAACUACUGACGAUAUUUCUCUGUUGCGAGGCAGUGACAGUACUCGAGAAUCCUCAUCUAGCGAUCAGCUGGGCCCAGUGGGUCUUGUUGGCCCCCCGCCUGUUUAUCAAGAAAAUGUUCCCGGAGUUCCAGUUUAUUACCCGUCGCCGAAUUUGUGUCGACCUGUAAGUUUUCUUACUGAGGAAGAGCAAGUGAAGAUAGCCAAACGGGCUGGCCUGAUCCAGCACCUGCCCUCUGGGGCCUAUGAUGGCUGCAAAAAGAACAGAGAGUGUGUCAUCUGCAUGAUUGAAUUCAUGGUUGGUGAUCCAGUGCGUUACCUUCCCUGUAUGCACAUCUAUCAUGAAAAGUGUAUUGAUGACUGGCUGAUGCGCAGCUUCACUUGUCCGUCCUGUAUGGAGCCAGUGGAUGCGGCUCUGCUCACCAGUUAUGAGACCAAUGUCAGUUAGAUGUUCGUUUGGUAAACCUUAUCUUUCUGGUGAUGACAUAGGUUUCCAGAGACCUCUAUCUGCGGACAUAUCCUGACUCAUGCUCCAUUAGUAACCUAUGCAUGCACUGCUCUUACUUGGGCUUUCUCAGGCUUUUCAUAUCGGCUUCAUUUUAUAUUUCAGACUAUUACCUCUUCCCAUAGAGUGAUAAUUGCAGUCCGGCCAUAGUUGCUUGUGGUUUAAAUUGUAAGAGUCGGUAAACAGUUAUCAUCACAUGUUAGACUUUCCACUGUACCUAAAAUUUUAAAAGUCUGAGAAGUAUAUCACAAUUACUGUUUUUACCCAGGGCAGAUUUCUUUGAUGAAUAUUGAUGAUAGUCUGCCCUCUGUGAUCUGAAUGCAUAUGGUCUAUUGGAGCUUGUCAGUUGCAGAAUUUUAAAAAAUUCGAACAACUGUGCCCCAUACAGCGUCAUAGUCUUUUCUGUUUUGUGGCAUGCUGCAAUUUUGUAAUCUGUGAUGUUUUAGUGUUUAUUAUUAUGGUUCCUUGACUUAAAUAUCCCUGUGUUUUUGUUUCAAGCAUCUGAGGUCAGAUUGUAUGGAUUAAAAUGCAUAGCUCCUCCUCCUUUGACCGAAAAAAGUACAUUUGAUCCCAAUGCUAAGUUAUUUGCUUCUGCUAUAAUGGGGUAUAGUUGUAAAAUAUUUAUCCAUUUAAAGCAACUGACUUGAAUGCUUAGAAGUCUUAUUCUGCUUAUGGCAAGAUCUGAUUUCUCUAGCAGUAACUUUACACUUUACCAUUUUACCACUUAUUUUUCAUUUUUCCCAAAUUGUGCUGUGAUAGAAGGGGAGGAAAAAUGAACUUUGAUUUGAAAAUAUUGUUAUUAGUAUGUAUCCCAAUUGUUUGUGUGUAUGUAUGUGUGUAUGAGAGAGAAGACAUUUAAUUUCUUUUAUCACAUCUCUUAAUGCUUUCUUCUUUUUAAAAAAUGUUGUGACUGCUCUUUUGCUUUGUGUUUUUCAAAACCACUCACUUUUGUAUAUCGUAGGCUGGUAUGACGUAGGCAGCAAUGAUUAUCUUGUGUUUCUUUAUCUUGCCUCUAUUUUGCAUUUUACUUCAGUAACCUCUGUUAUGUCAAAUAACACUUUUCAAUAAGCUUGAAAAUAAAUUAAUUGAAUUUGGAUAAAUUGUUUGUAGAUGUCUUUUACAUCUGGUCAUUUCUUCUUCCGAAUGAUACCAGUUUUGACUGUCAUCUAGACGCUUUUACUUGAAGCUGAAAUGUGCCAUUUUGUGGUACAUCAUCCAAAUGUCAGCUUGCCCUUAUUAGUCUGAACCGUGUGAAUGAUUUUAACACCUACAGAAGUUGCAGUUUUUUAUCUGUUCCCCUGUUUUUCUGCUUAUGUUUCCCGUUUAAAUUUUGUGGUUGAUAUGAAUACCCAAAUUUUUGAAGACCAGACUGCUUCAAAUUGUACUUUAUUCAAGACCAAUUGGUUAAUGUCACCAAUGUUUGACAGUAAGGAGCAAAGACCUAUGACUGACAAGUUUUUUACGUGUAUCCUCUACUGAAUCCUUUUACUACUGUAACCACACUUUCACUGUACUUCAGAGAACAUUGUUACUGUAAUUGCAUAGAAUCAGCAGUGAGUGAACACUGAUUGUUUAGUGUAAAAUCAGUUAAUUUUCUAGUAAAUCUAUUUUGUUUUUCUAUCUGUCUAGGACUGAACAGGAAUUGGAUACAGUUUAAAAUUUGAAAAAUGUGUGUCAAGCGUCAGAAACCAAAUUCUGUUAAUGGUGAUCAUUUGUGUUAGUGACUGUGCUGGAUGGGCCAGUUCCAGAAGGAAACAUUUUAUUAUGGCUUGAGUGACUGUAAGCAAGUUAUUGUAUGUUGCAACAAAGUGUUAUAUCCUAUGAUUUUCUAUUGCCUUUCAGGCUAUUAUUUGUAAACUUAGUGUUCAUUUGGCUCACACUAGUCCUGACUUGACAAUUCGCCUGUAUUUUUUAAAUCUUGUCACAAUCUUUUAGAAAACAUCCUGUUUCUUGGCAUAUGAUUACAGUCACUUCAGUUUUUAAGAAGCAUGUUUAACCGAAGUAGCACUGUCUCGUUAGAUUUGGUGGCAUAAUUUUUAAGUGACAAAAGUGACGGCAAACUACUGCUUUUGUAAGUUUAGCCGGUGUACUUAAAAUUCCAAAUGCUAAGCAAGUAUGCUUUCAUUAAAAUGCCACAUUCAAAUAUGUGAUAUUGAUAUUGCAUCAUGCAAUUAAGGAAAAGGGUUCACUUAAAGUUAGGGUGAAGCCUAAAACUUCUGUAGUUGAUUACUAAACUCAUUUUUAUGACCUUGAAUAUGUGGUUUGGCUGUUAAUAGUAGUGAAGUAGAUUGUAUAGUCGUUAAGGUUGUGUAGAUAUAAGGUAUGACUACUUGAUUCUUCCAAAAUUAGGAAUAGUGGCGCAUCCACUCCCAAACAAGUCCACAGUUUUGGCUUUUUAUGUCUGUGCUAUAAUUUGUAUCUGCGCCAGUGUUACUGUAACAUGGCAUACUUGUUGGCUUUAUUUCCUUUCUCAAAAAGUACUGCUUUAUGGAUUGCAAAGGGGCAGGCAAAGUUUGACUUGAAGGAUUUUGUAUAUGUGUGUGCUGUAUAAAUUAGGUGUCAAAAUUAUGAUAAGACAGCAAUUAUUUUGCAGUACACAUUUUUGACUAUGGACUAAUUCUGGGCUCAUUGUAUUUGUGCACCAAUUUAGAAUAGAUAAGUAAAUGUCUAAUCAGGUUUUUGCUACGAUACUAAUUUGCAUCACAUGAUGUGAAAACCAUUGUAUUUUAUAGAUGUAAUGUUUGUUUGUUUUUCCUACUGAAAAUUGAAUAUUUCCUCAAGCAACCCUGUCAUUGCGUGUUGUUUGAAAGUUACUUGAGGAUUUUUUGGUUACCAUUAUUCUGUUUAUUUUAUAUUUUUCACUCCAUUUUGAGUGGAUGUCUCCUAGAUGGCACAUCACAAAUCAAAUUUUGCAUGAUCAUUCAGUUGUUAAAAUUUCUCAGCUCACCCCUUAUACUUUUAGUUAAUACAACUGGAGUGAACUUCUCUUUCAGCACAUGUCUCAUGUUCUUUUAAAGAAACUCUUUGUUGUUUGCGUAUCAUUAAUUAAUUACACCUCUCUUGAAGUAAAUUAGUGAGAGUCACAUUGUGUGUAGUCUUAACUUUAAAAGUGGUGUAGGUAUUUCAGAAAGGAUGAUUCUGUCUUCUUUUUUUUUUCUGUGAUGGAAUUUGAAAAAAAGAAAAGAUAAGAGCAAUUUUGUUUUAAGGAUGACACUAGUCUAUAUUGUUGAGUUAUUUGAUACUGCGGGUCUGCUUGCAAAUAUGAGCAAAUGUGGUACGUUUGCGUAUGUCUGAAAUAAACUAAAGAGCUCCAUGAAUAUGAAGCUCUUGUGUACAUGUGAUAAGUGUGAUUCAAAAUGUUUACUUUACAGUAAGCGUAUGUUGUGAUGAAAAGUUGACAGGAAUGUUUGUGUCUCCUAUGCCAAUGUUUCAUAUUGUUGCCAAACAUUGAAAGAUGUAAUUCUUGUUGAGGACUAACAUGGUAUUGAAAUUUUAAAAUGAGAGAGUUUUUUGCAUGAGCCAUGAGCCUGUUAAUUUAAUGUUGGUGCUUACCCUUAUUGCCUCAUUUCCUUCUUUUAUAUUUUUCAAAUUUGUUUUAAUUAUGAUUAAAUUUUGUGGAUAUAGAAAUACAUAAUUAUAUUUUUGUAGCUGCCAAGCUUGCAUCCCAGAUAUAUUUCCAGUUGAAGGUGUGCAAGAGAUACUUUUUAUCAUGCUGUGAAGAUAAGUGUAUUGAACCCAAUAAAAUUUUAUGGUAAAAUGA